AAAGAGACAAUCGUUCCAAAUUAACCCAAAAGCUCACGCUCUCUCACCCUCCAAUCCUAGGGUUCCUUGGAAUAUUCUUCUCUCUUCCUUCACUCCUCAAUUUGCCUUGCCUUUCUCUGAUCUCUGGCGUGGAAAGUUGCCCAGGGAGAUUCGUCGAUCAUGACGAUUCCAGGUUCAGGAUUCAUGAUGGAGAACGGUUGUAGUUGCUUGCCGUGCACGCCCAAUGAUGAGAGACACAUCGUCCAGGAUCUGAAGAACAAAUCGGAAUUGCAUUUGAAAGAAGGCAAUUUGUAUUACCUAAUUUCAACCAGGUGGUUUAGAAAGUGGGAGAAGUAUGUUGGGAUAGAUACAGGUGAAUUGGAUGCUCAACGUUUGGAUGUGGUUCCAUCAGAGGCCACAGAUAGGCCUGGGCCAAUUGAUAAUUCAGAUAUUAUUGAGAGUGGAAGUGGUUCUGGGGGAAAUGAGCUACAGCUCCGUAGAAUGUUGGUGGAAGGACAGGACUAUGUUUUGGGCCCUCAAGAUGUUUGGGAAAAACUUUAUGAAUGGUAUUGUUACCCAGUGAUGCAUUUCACCCCAUUGUGGCUCUUAUUUUUGUUGGUUUCUGACAAGGAGAUUGUUGUUGAUGAAUUCCCUCCGGCAGUAAUGCAAUUGAUAGCAAAGAACCAUGCUAUGCUAAACAUUCAGGAUUUUCAUCUACCUAUCUUCUUAUUGUGUCUCCUAUCUUCCAUUAUUUUUCUUUGCAUUAAUUACACAAUAUUUGUAGUGUACCAUUUAUCAGAAAUGGAACUUGCUUUGUUGACAAGGCAUGCUUCCUAUCUAGAUACAGUAUUGUUAUUCCAUUUUAUGUCAUACACCAAACUCUUACCAAAAUAUAUUUGGAGUACUUGUUCAAUAAGAUGGUAUAAAGGAGGGCCACCAUUGCCCAGAAAGAUGCUUUUACAGGGCAUUUAUCAAAAUGAUUUUGUUGUGGAGGUUUACCCACUUUGUCUGAAGUUGAUUGAUUCCAAAGAUGAAAGUCAGUCAAUUAUAUGUCUAAGCAAAAAGGCUUCUGUGCGUGAACUUCUUGAGAAGGUCUGUGCACUGAAAGGAAUAGAGCAGGAAAAGGCUCGUCUUUGGGAUUACUUCAACCAGAGGAAACGUAGUCAGUUGUGUGCUUCUGAAAAAACCUUGGAGGAAUCACACUUGCAGAUGGACCAAGAUAUUCUUCUAGAGCAAGUUGAUGGAUAUCAUUCUUCCCAGUUAGGCAUGGAUUCUACGGGAAAUGGAUUAGCUUUGGUUUCCCUAGAACCCACAAGAUCAUCCCUUACCAUUGCUGGGGGUCCAGCCAUGUCUAAUGGCCACUCUUCAGGUUACAGGUCAAAUCUUUAUCCAGGAAGUGCUUUAGGCUCAGGGUUCAUGGAUACUGAUGAUGGAUAUGAUGCUUAUAACUCUGUUAGAAAACUGGAGAAGGGAGGUUUGGCUGGACUUCAGAAUCUGGGGAAUACUUGUUUUAUGAAUAGUGCUAUUCAAUGUUUGGUCCACACGCUCCCUCUUGUUGAUUAUUUUUUGCAUGAUUACAAUGAUGAAAUCAACACAAAAAAUCCUUUGGGAAUGCAUGGUGAGCUUGCACUUGCCUUUGGUGAAUUAUUGAGGAAACUGUGGUCUGCUGGGCGAACAGCAAUUGCACCACGUGUAUUUAAGGGAAAACUUGCUAGAUUUGCACCACAAUUUAGUGGAUAUAAUCAGCAUGAUUCUCAAGAACUAUUGGCUUUCCUACUGGAUGGGCUGCAUGAAGAUUUGAAUCGAGUCAAACAAAAGCCUUACAUUGAAAUGAAAGAUUCAGAUGGUCGUCCAGAUGAGGAAGUAGCAGCUGAGUGUUGGAGAAAUCAUAAGGCCCGGAAUGACUCAGUGAUUGUGGAUAUUUGCCAAGGUCAAUAUAAGUCGACACUGGUUUGCCCUGCUUGUGGGAAAAUUUCAAUUACUUUCGACCCCUUCAUGUAUCUUUCUUUGCCACUUCCUUCAACUAUUACCAGGACAAUGACUGUUACUGUGUUUUCUGCUGAUGGAAGUGGUCUUCCAAUGCCAUUUACUGUCUCAGUGCUGAAAAAUGGUUACGUCAAAGAUCUUAUCCAGGCAUUAGGUUCUGCUUGUUGCUUGAAAAGUGAUGAGAUCCUUUUGCUUGCAGAGGUCUAUGAAAGUAAGAUAUACCGCUACUUGGAAAUGCCAUUAGCGUCAUUGUGUUCAAUAAAGGAUGAUGAACAUAUUGUGGCUUUCCGAUUUCACAAAAACACAGUUGGGAAAACAAGACUGCAAAUUUUUCAUCGAUGUCAGGAAAAAUCUCCAUCGGAUUAUCUGAAGGUUGGUGCUAACCUUUUUGGAUCACCUUUGGUUACAUAUUUGGGGGAAGACCAACCAACUGGAGCUGACAUAGAUAUUGCUGUUUCUAGGGUGCUGUCACCACUUAAAAGAAUUUUCUCUUCAGCUAAGGUUCACGGUGGCAAAGAAAAUGGCUUCCUUUCAGAUGGUAUUGAGGAACAAUCAAAUAGCUCUGGUUCUCAAUCAUGGCCAAGAAACCAGGCACUUGAGAAUACAGCGAGUACAUCUAGUGGGGAGUUAUCAUUCCACCUCCUUUUAACCAAUGACAAGGCACUCACCUCCAAGCCUCUUCAGAAGGAUACUAUCUUUAAAUCUGUGGAUAGCAUAAGUGUGUUGAUAGACUGGACUGACAAAGAACAGGAACUCUAUGAUUCCAGCUACUUGAAGGACAUCCCGGAAGUAUUUAAGGCAGGGUUUGCUGCCAAGAAGACCCGACAAGAAGCCAUUUCUCUGUCUUCAUGUUUAGAUGCAUUCUUGAUGGAAGAACCCUUGGGGCCUGACGAUAUGUGGUACUGUCCAGGAUGCAAAGAACAUAGGCAGGCCAUAAAGAAGCUAGACUUGUGGAUGUUGCCGGAGAUAAUUGUUUUUCAUUUGAAACGUUUCACAUAUGGCAGAUACCUGAAGAACAAGAUUGACACUUUUGUGAAUUUCCCCAUUCACAAUCUUGAUUUGAGCAAAUAUGUGAAGAAUAAAGAUGGACAAUCUUAUGUGUAUGAGCUUUAUGCCAUCAGCAAUCAUUAUGGUGGUCUAGGUGGUGGUCACUACACUGCAUAUGCUAAGUUGGUUGAUGAGGAUAAAUGGUAUCACUUUGACGACAGCCAUGUUGAUGCAGUCAGUGAGGCUGAGAUAAAGACUUCAGCUGCCUAUCUGCUGUUCUAUAAGAGAGUGAAAAAUCAACCAAUGACAGGGGCAGGAGAACCCUCAGAAAGUCAUAACAGUUCUUAAUGUUAUGACCCGCAGCUUUUUCCAAUUAUUAUUUUGGCUGUUAAAGGUUGGCUUCUUGGAGGUAUGGUGAUGCUAAAUGCCACAGUGGACAGGCCACCUGCUCCGGGAUAAUUUUCUUGGCUGAGCAAACCUGGUGAACCACUGGUAAUAAAAUAGAGACAGGAGAUACUGGGAUUGGCAAAGGCAUCAUCAGCCUGAUUAUGAAGAAAAGAUACAUAGCCAGAUAGGCCUAGACCUAGCACUAGUUUAAUGAUUUGUUAAUUUUUUUUUUCUUAAAAAAAAUGAAAUUUCAGCUGAAAAUUGGAUCUACGUAUAGAUCCUUUGUUGUCGUCCCUCUUUAUUUUUUAGCAAAGCUUGUUUCUAUCAAGUAUAAUCCAUGGGGUACCGUUAUUGAUUGAAUUGAAGAACUCAAAAAGUAUUUGUUGACUCGUAAUUGGGAAAAUAGGAGAAAACGCACUGGUGCCAAUAUUUAAAGAAAAAGACAGGUGGAUG